AUGGACCGUAAACGUUCGGAUUCGCAUAAAUCAUCAAUGAAAAGCCAUACCACCACCACGACCACAACCACCGUGACCCCCAUCAACCUCCCCGCGGACUUGGCUGCUGCGAGAAUCCAGGCCGGAUUUCGUGGUUAUCAUUUCCGAAAAACCCACCCGGAAUUGACUCACACAACUCAUCACACCGCACAUCAAACCGUGCAUCACACCCAUACCCACACACCAACGAGUGCGGCAACCGUCAUCCCACGCAAUCCACGCGCAACGGAUCGAGUUCAUGAGCUCACCCCGGGUACGGCGGCAACACGAAUACAAGCAGGUUAUCGGGGCUAUCAAACACGAAAACAUUUGCACGAACAAGGUUUUCCCCUGACCGAGCACUCGCUCGUCCACCACUCGCACACAGAUCAUUCGAUUCCGCCGGAUUUGGCCGCGGCCAAAAUUCAAGCCGGUUUUCGCGGGUAUCGUACACGACGUGAACUGAAAGAGCAACACAAAUACCCGGGAACCACGACCGGGCACCGCGAAUCUACUCACUCGCACUCGACUGACAUUCACUCAGAUCCGAACUAUGCGGCAACCCGUAUUCAAGCUACUUUUCGGGGCUAUCAGACACGGCGUCAUUUGCAUGAGCAUGACUCAAAUCCGCACGACACAAAGUCCCCACUACGGGCACAGAAUUGCAACCCAUACACCACUGGUCCUGGUUUAACCAAACCCUAUUCCAAUGGACGUGAUCCGGCCGAGGUUGACAAAGCAGCUACCAUUAUUCAGGCUGGAUUCCGUGGUUAUCAGACUCGGAAACACCUACAUUCCCCACGAUCCCACGACACAAACUCGUACACCCAUGGUCAAGUGAAUAAGGAGAAUGCGGAACAAGCGGCAACUCGAAUUCAGGCAGCCUAUCGGGGUUUUGUAACACGUAAACACCUACACGAGACCGGUAAAGAGUACACCAGUCGGGCGGAUAGCACUCGGCACACUGAGGCUCGAACCACCAGCCACUACACAGAUCCGGCUGAAGCAGCGACCAAAAUCCAGGCCACAUUUCGUGGAUAUCGAACCAGACAACACGUGCAUGUACCAGUCCAUAGCACGACAAGCGGGAUAACUUCGACCCAUAGCACUCCCACAACCCAUUCAUCGCACACAUCAUCACGCAGAACCUGA